AUGGCGGCGGACACGGCGCUGGAGUGGAUCGAGGGCGGCGGGUUGAGCUUCACGGUUCCCGCCGCCAUGCUCGAUCCGAGCGUCCCGAUGUCCUCGGUGCUGUCCGCCCGAACCUGGCAGGAGCAGCUCUCCGCGGACGAGCGCGCGUCGCUGAGGAGGUUCCUACCGGAUCCCACAGCCUCCGAGGAGGACGUCCGCGCGCUCGUCGCGGCGCUCUUCGGCGACGGCGACGGCGACGGCGACGGCGGCGGCGACACGCACGUCAAUAUGCACUUCGGCAACCCCGCCGAGCGAGUGUGGCGGGAGAUUCAGGCGCGCGAGAGGGAUCCGGAGGUGAUGGCGCACAGGAACGCGAUCGGGGUUGUGGAGCGGGGCGCGCACGAGUUGGAGGUGCGGCUCCACCACGCGCGCGUGGCCCGCGCGGGGAUGGGCAUGCUGCGCAAGUUCCGCGACGCGGACGCGGACGCCGCGGGAGGAGGCGACGGCGGCGGCGUCACCCGCGAGGACAGGCUUCGCGCGUGGCACCGACGCGAAGCAACCCCGGAACCAGAUCGGAGCCAUCGCGUCGGGGGCUCCGACGAAGACGAUUCGUCCAACGACGAAACCGCGACGGGCCGAGACGAGGUCGCCGCGUCGGAGGAAGCCGCGAAGCGCGCGAUGCGCGUCGCGAUGGAGGCUGCGGACGCCGCGUCGAAGCUCGCGGCGACGUCGGGCGGCCCAGGCGCCAUGGCCGCUCUCCGAGCCGCGGAGACGGCCAUGGCGGCGGCGGAGGCGGCGGCGGCGGAGGCGAGAAGGGCGAGGACGCGUUGGAUCGAGGGCGGGGGCGCGGCUGGCGGGAACACAGCCGUGCACGGCGCGCGUCGUUCGUCGAUCGGGAAGGGGGGCGUCAGGGCGAGCGCGGAGAAGAAGCCGAAGGUGGCCAACCCGCACAGCAUGAGGGUCGACGGGCCCAUCGGGCUCAACAGAAAAUUUAGCACCAACGAGGAUUGGUGA